AUGCGCGCUGUGCUGGCCAAUCAGCGCUGCGCCCGCUCAGGCAAGGCUGGCUUGCUCCGCCCCCUCCGGAAGUGCCUCAGAGGAGCUUCCCGGUGGCCAGCUGCCUCGCUCUGGGAGUGUUGCCGCUACAGCCUUUACCUCAGCAAACAGAAUCUAAUUAUGGCACCCACUGGAAGAAAGGGAACGGGGAGACCUGGGAGACGCGUGGUGAAGGAUCAGGAUAGAGAAGCCUCUGGCACGGAAGAUAAAAAAGAUCUGAGUGGUUCUGAGCUGGACGGGAAGGAGGAAGGAAAGAGUCCAGUAACUGAUAAGGAUGGAAGAAAAAGACCAUCUGCAGGAUCAGUUGAGGAAGAGCUGGGGGCCGAAGUACAGGAUAUGUUGGAAAGAUUUAAAGCUGACAUUCAAAAAACCCUUAUUGCAAAGAGAAGAAGAUUUGAAAUGAAUACCAAUGCUUCUGUCAAAAGUAGUAACGAGAAAAUUGAGCAUGUUUGGAAAACCCAAAAAGAGCAAUGGCAGAAGCUUACUCAUGAAUACUCUCAGCAGUUUCUGGCUUUGUUUCAGCAGUGGGAUAUAGAUAUGAAGAAAGCUGAGGAACGAGAAGUAAAACUAACUGUUAUGAUUCAACAGCAACAAAGGAUUUUACAACAAACUAGAAUUCUUCAGAACCAGACACUGAAAGCUGCCAAAACUCUUUAUGAGCAAUUCGUGAAGAACGUCGAGGACAUGGAGAAGAAUCAUGAAGACAUUCUUACUCAAGCACAGAGCGAACUUAGAAAAGACAUGGCUUCGCUGCAGAACAAAAUUUUAGUGGAAUCUCAGUGGCAAGAGAUGGCGAUUGUCCGAAAGACUCUUCGAUCCCUGUUCUUCUGAUGACCCUUUGAAGAAAGAGCUAGAAUAGUAACAUGACACAGUUCUAAUAUUCGCUAGGUGACACAUUCUACUUUAAAUUACUGCAUCUUGUUGAUCGUUACCUUGUUUGUUGAGCACAAGACUCCCUUUCUGUUAACCACCAGACAAAGCCUGAAUCGUUAUCUGAAUAGCAGCAGUUUCAAAGUCAUGCGUAUGGAGCUUUCAGCCCUUUGGUAGCAACGGUGACUUUUCCUCCCUUGCGCUGUUAUUUAACUUUUAAGAGUCAAGAUGAUUUAAUUUUAGGUUUUGGCCUUAGAGAAUCUGUAUCAGUCCCAAAAGGUAGAAAGCACGAGUACGGAAGGUUACAUUGUUCUUCCUUAUGAAAAAUACAAUAAAGAUAUAAACGAAAUCGAUUUUCUCUGUGCUUCUUUCUGUAGACAUACUCCUUAAUUUUCAGAGAAGAUUCUGACAAAAGUAACGAUUCAAAGGACAAGUAUUUUAUCGACUUAGAAAACUCAGAAGCAACUUAAUUUUGUGUUCUAGAGUAAAUCGCACUGCUAAAAAUCGUUAAAAUAACCAAAGAGCCACCAGCUGCACGUGGGAGCCUGAGGGACUCCAGC